AUGGCGGCGGCCGAGGCAACGUCAUCAAUCCCACCCCCGGAGCAAGAGCCGGCACCAGCAGACUCAUCUGUGACAGCGUCUGCUAGUACACCUGCGUCGGCCUCUGCCUCGGCAUCAGCGGCAUCGGCCUCUGCCUCAGCGUCGGCGACAAAGCAGGCACACCGGGUAGAUCACGACGAGGUCAUCGUGAUCGACGGACCUACGUCGACUCAGGAUGCCCCCGCAGCCGCCUCCGUAAAAGAGGCCGCCGCGUGGGCGGACGCGCUGGACGUCGACGACUCCGACCUCCACCACAACCUCCCUUCCUCCUCCGUCCCGCUCCGCCCCUCCACCACCUCUCACCACCGCCCUCCCCACCGGCGCAUCCCCGGGCCCGCCUCCGCCGUCCAGGACGCGAUGCGCCUCCGCUCCCCCUUUUCUUCCGUCCCCGCGGUUCGCGCAGACGGCCAGGCCGCGGACACCGACUUCCAGCUCGACUCGUGGCUCCGGGCGCUACAGGACCUCGGUGAUGCCCGCGGGUGGCAGCAGCCAGGCAUCGGGAAGAUCCGAGUCGACCGGGCGUUAGAUCGAGCGUGUCGGGUCGUGGGGAUGGUGACAAUGUGCACACCAAAUGGAUUCGGCGAUCUCAUGCUGAAUAUGAAGGACCCAUCUGGUACUAUUGAUGCAUCAGUUCACAAGAAAGUUCUCUCAAAUGAAAACAUUUCCAAGGGUUUAUCAGUUGGGUCUGUCAUUAUUCUCAAACAGGUCGCUGUUCUUCGCCCAUCUAACACAGUGUGCUAUCUGAAUGUUACCCAGAAAAAUAUUGAAAAGGUACUGAAAAAGGACAGUGUCACCCCAUGUAAGCAAGUAGUUCCAUCAAGUAAUUCUGAAAGGCAAAGCCAACAGCCUGGCCAAGGAGAUAGCAUGGAAAGGGAAGCUGGAGCUGAAACAUCUGAUGGAAUGACAUCGAUCCUCAGUAAGAUCUCGAGGACCAAGGAGAGUCCGAUGGCUGAGUUACUUUCUGAUAAUGGUGUUAACAGUAGUAUUUUGAGAAGGAACAAAGAUACUCAUGGUGUACAAAAUCACCAUGAGAAACUGUUCGAGCAAAUGGAUUUAAGUUCUCAAAUACAGAAUUCACCAGGCUCCAGUUCCAGUCAGCGGCUGCAGAAGAUUAUUCACAGCAUGAAUCCAGCUAAUUUCCAGGUUAAACAAGGAGGAAGCGCACCCAGAUGUGGAAUAAGCAGUGAAGCUCAAAGGUCAACUGACGACGUAAUGAGGAAACUCAUAGGUGUUGAUACAAUGAAGCCCGUUAGCAAGGAUAUAACUGUUGCCGAGGGAUCUCGUCAUAAUUGUGGAACACCUGAUGAAAGCAUGGAUGUCGAUGCUAGGUGUAGGUCAGAAAAGCCUCAGGAGAUUGGACUUCAAAAGAUGGUAGAAGGCCACUCCCUCGGGCAUGUAUCAAACAGCAACAGGGAUGAGCGCCAGCAGCAAAACCCAAGUGCAAAUACAAGAUGUUCACAAUCUAUUUUAGGUGAAAGCUCAGUCAUGGGUCCAAGCACAGAUUCUACCCAAGCUUCUUGUACUGGAAACCUGAGGCGACUCUGA